AUGAAUUAAAACGAUUCAAUUAAUUAAGUCACUUACGCGAAGCAAUUUAAAACUGGAAUUGGGACUCUUGGCUAUGAGAGAUCCUUUUCGGUGAAUCAAGACGAAAUGCAAUCUAAGGAAAAUAAUUAUCAGAAGGUUUAAGAGAAGGAAGUAAUCUGUUUUGAAGAUAGUCGAAUAACCAAAUUGAUAAUGGAGGGACACAAAUUGAUAGAAAAUUUUCGGUUACAAUUAAUCCUUGUAAUAACUGCAUUGUGGUUUUUAGAAGUACUAAUCCUUUCUCAAAUUAGAUCGACGAUGAAAUAUUCAUUGAAAAACAAGGAUCGGACUUAAUCUUAUGGCUUACAUUUAGUCUAAAUUUAAUACUCAUCCUAUUCACCUUUUUAAGCUACCUGACUCUGAUGAAUUAUUGGAAGUCUACCUUACUAAUCCCAAAAGAUCAAUCGUUCUUCCAUUCUGAUCAAAUGAAGCCGUUUCUGAUAGAGACGGGAUUCCUCUUAAUAUUCCCCACUGUAUUUACAAGAGGUAAGAAUAAUUAACUAACUAUCAAUAGACAUUCAUUUAACCUUUACUUUAAAAAACAACGAAUAUUAUUACACUGUAAAUGAAAUUAUCAUAAUGAUAAGUACUUUGAGGUCAUUCCAAAUACUGUUCAUCUAUUUGAGAUUAUGCAAAUUUUAUAACAGUCAAACACAGAGACUCUCAUUAAAUUACGGAAUCAUGAUGAAUCCUAAAUUUCUAUUCAAAUAUAUGAUUCAUUCCUAGCCCACUUAUUUAAUAGUAUCCAUGUUCAUCAUUACAUUCUGGUAUUGCACCAUAGCGAUGUGGAUUGCUGAAAAAGCACUUCAAAGAGAAAAUCUACAGACUAUUUAAUUAUUGUACUUAAUUUACAUCUAAUCUAUGUAGCAAACAUUGUUUCUUAGAAGUGAUUCUAUCUCUGUUGGCAUACGCCUAUGAAGACUAUGUCCCAAUUACAAACUUGGGGAGAAUCAUAUUAUCAUAUGCUGCAUAUGCUGGAUUCGUUAUGGCCUCUAUCAUAAUAAGUGCGAUAAUCCAAGCAUUUGAGUAGGAGUAUGGAGAAUAUUAAGCAUGUGUGUUGCUGGAUAAAUUGAUAAUGAAGGAGAACAUGUAUCAAGUCACCAGCAACAUUGGAGAAUAGUUUUACUAUAUCAUGAAGUUUGAUAAAAACCCAUUUACAUACAAUAGAGUCAAAAUUAUACAAACGGAAUUGAAAGAAUUUUAGAUGUUGAAAAGAUAAUAUAAAAGCAUUAUCUCAGAGAAUAUUACUAACUUAUUUAAAAGGAGGUCUAGAGAAUCUAAUGACAUUUUAGAAGAGUAUCAAGACAUCAUGAAAAUGUGUAAAUACCAAAAUAAGUAAAUAUAAGAAAUGCUUGAAGAACUAAUUUCAUUAUAAAAUUAUCAUUAUCACAAUUGGUAUGAUUGA